AUAAAAACUUCAUCCAAGAAAAAGUCUUCUUUUGUCGCGCGGUGUAGAACAGUAGCUAAGAUGCAGCUCUACAGUAGAAGAUUAGCUAACAGCUUAAGUAGUUAUCUAAAUCACAGUGUACAGAAAGUGCUUUCAUAAGAAAUCCCAUCUUGCUCACGACCUAUAAAGGUAAAGAGCUGAAAUAUCUGCUUCAGAACUCGCCAGUCACCUCUCUACUCUUAAACUCUCUCUCGGUAUUCAUUUCAACUCUAAGUACCUAUAUCAUGACUUCCCCAAAUACUUCAACUCAACCCUCAGUCGUUGGCGACAUAAUUCACUGCGACAAUCUGAAAUGGCUCCCUCUCGCCCCCAAGAUCUGGAUCAGACUCAUCAAACUUACACCCGAAACCGGCUCUUACACAGUCAUGAUCAGAGCUGAGCCAGGAGGUGUUCUUCCUCGGCAUCGGCAUGUCAAGAGCGCUGAGAUUUACAUCUUGAAGGGAAACGGGGAUCAUCCGCAGGCUGGACACUUUGAGAAGGGAGAUUAUGUCACGGAGCAUGAGGGCGCACGACAUGAUCCGCUUGUAUUUGAGGUUGAGACGGAAAUGUUGAUGAUUAGUGAGGGAGCUUCGGUGUUUGUGGAUGAUGAUGGGAAUGAUCUCUAUGCGAUGGAUAUUCCGAUGCUCCAGAAUCUUGCAGCUUCUAUGGCCUGAUCGUUUACAGACUUUGAUCCAGACUUCUGCUCUCACUGAACCAGAAUCUGACAUUGGCCUUUAUGGUUGUCGUUCAUUGUUGUCCAUGGUUAUUGUCAUUAGCAUAUUUAGGAUCAGUAGGAAAAUGUUAAUAAUACUCUAUAC